AUGAUCGAUACUCUAAACAAAAUUUUUCCCGAAGCAUAUUAUGUAACUCGUGAAUUAAGUGUUGACGAAUCAAUGAUAAAAUUUAAGGGGCGAAGCACAAUUAAGCAGUAUAAUCCCAUGAAGCCCAUCAAACGCGGUUAUAAAUUAUGGUGCAUUGCGGAUCAAAAUGGUUACAUUUUGAAAUAUUCAGUAUACCAAGGCAAAAAUGAAACUUUGGAACAAGAGUUCGAUAAGUAUAAUUUGGGCGAAAGAGUAGUACUUAUGUUGACUAAUCCUUUUUGGAAACAACAAAGAAUUAUAAUGUUUGAUAAUUAUUUUACAUCAAUUACACUUUUGGAAAGAUUAAAAAAUGAACAAACAUUGGCUUGUGGUACUAUACGAAAUAAUCGUAAAGGAAUGCCACAAAAUCUAAAAAAAGAUUCGGAUAUUAAGCGUGGAGAUUUCGACCAUAGAUUUUCUACUUCUGGAAUCGUCAUAUUUAAAUGGAAAGAUAAUAAAGUUGUGUACUUGGCAUCAAACUAUCAUGGUAAUGAAACUACGACUGUACAACGAACUUCAAAAGAUGGCUCAAAAUCAAAUGUUACGUGUCCGACUUUGGUAAAAGACUACAAUGCGUUCAUGGGAGGAGGCCUUCUGGACAUAGUUUUUGUAAAUGCAUACGUUGUGUAUUGUCAAAUUUUUGGACAAACGGAUGUAUUAGAAGUUCAACGUUCAAUCGCCCUCGGACUUAUGGCUGAGUGUGACCCAACUUCCAAAAGGUCAAUAUGCAUAAAAAGAACUCCCCCGACUGCUCCUAACAAUCGAAGGAAAAAAGCUAUGUCCAUUGUUAAAGACGUGAGAUUGGAGGUAUUCAUUGGCCAGCUUUCGGAUCAAAAAGGGGAAGGUGUGAACUAUGUAGUAUAA